AUUGAAGCAGGACGUAGAUAUCACUGCGCAGUGGUGAUCAAAAUGUUAUCACUCGUGUUCGCGAUAGUGGCUUUGCUGCUGACAGCCGCCGCUCUUUAUAUACACCGCCGUGGUCGAUUCUGGUCGGAUCGCGGGAUUCCUUGCGCUCCCAACCCGGAGUUUCUGUUCGGUCACGUGCGCGAUCAGCUUACCAAAAGACAUGCCUCGUAUGUGCAUCAAGAUCUGUAUCGGCAGUUCAAGGCGCGUGGGGAAAGUUUCGCUGGGUAUAGCUUUUUCUCAGUGCCGGCAAUCAUGACUGUGGAUCCAGAGCUGGUAAAAACUAUUCUGGUGAGGGAUUUUGGAAUAUUUCACGACCGUGGGAUAUUCAACAACCCGAAGGACGACCCGCUGUCGGGGCAUUUGUUUCUGCUGGAGGGCCUUCAGUGGAAGGUUCUACGACAGAUGCUCAGUCCGACGUUCACUUCCGGACGUAUGAAGAUGAUGUUCGGUGCGAUUAUGGAAGUGGCAGAAAAGUUCCGUCAGUUUAUGGUGGAAAAUCGCGGAAGGGAGCCGGUAAUCGAAAUGAAGGAGGUGCUGGCGAUGUUCACUACUGAUGUCAUUGGAACGUGCGCAUUUGGAAUCGAGUGUAAUACAUUGAAUAAUCCCGAUUCGGAUUUCUUGAAAUAUGGAAAGAUGGUUUUCGAGCAGAAACUGAGCAUAAUGGCUAAGUUUAUCUUUGCGUCCUUGUUCAAAGAUUUGGGACGAGCAUUGGGUAUAAAAUUAGUGGAAGCCGACUUAGAAAACUUUUUCAUGGGUUUAGUGCGAGAAACGGUGGAGUUCCGAGAGAAAAAUAACGUGCAGAGAAAUGACUUCAUGAACCUGUUGUUGCAGUUAAAGAACAAAGGCCGAUUAUUGGAUCAACUAGAUGAAGGAGAGCUUAUUGAAUCAAGAGGAUUAACCAUGGAUGAGUUAGCGGCACAGUGCUUUGUGUUCUUCAUCGCUGGAUUUGAGACUUCAUCAACAACGAUGAAUUUCUGUUUAUACGAGCUGGCAAAAAAUCCUGAUAUUCAAGAGAAAUUGCGGGUCGAAAUUGAAAAAGCGAUAGCUUCUAAUGAUGGACAAGUUACAUACGAUCUAGUGAUGGGACAUCGUUACUUGGAUAAUGUAGUGAAUGAAACUCUCCGAAAGUACCCCCCGCUUGAGAGUCUAAACCGUGUACCAAUAUCCGACUACACGGUUCCAGGAACGCAACAUGUCCUCCCCAAGCAGACAAUGAUCACCAUUCCUGUUUACGCGAUGCAUCACGAUCCGGAAUACUAUCCGGAUCCGGAACGUUUUGACCCGGAUCGGUUCAUCCCGGAAGCUGUUCAGGCUCGGCAUCCGUACACAUUUAUACCGUUCGGGGAAGGUCCUCGUAAUUGCAUCGGAAUGCGUUUCGGGGUCAUGCAGACCAAAAUUGGGUUGAUUACUUUGCUACGCAACUUCAGAUUUUCACCAUCAUCGAAGACGCCCGAGAGGUUAGUGUUCGAGGUGAAAUCGUUCGUGCUGUCACCAAAGGGUGGAAACUAUCUCAAAUUCGAUAAAAUAUAAGUAUUCCGGAGCUAAAACUGUGGAUUGAAAUAAUGAUGGCUGCGUAGUAUCAACAGUCAACACAAUAAAUUAUCUCUUGAGUUUAUAUCUGAAAAGAAAUGACCUUGAACCCGCAUCCAUCCAAGUGAGAAAACAACAUGCGACAUCAGCCCGCAGCCACCACAACACAAUCAAGUCGCCGCUCAAAAAAAAAGUUCAACAAG